AUGGGCGUUCGAGGGCUAGUGCCGUUCAUACAGAAGACAUGCCCAGAAGUCAUCAAGCAAAUCCCCGAACGCCUGAGAGCAUUCACAGGGCAAACCAUCGUCAUUGAUGGAACACUGAUCACCCAGCGCUUUCACUUUGCCAAUGACCCUCACCCGUAUAGACACGUUCUGGGCUGGUAUCGUCUUACCCACGAACUCCGUGAAGCUGGAGUACACGCUAUCUGCAUCUUUGACGGCAAAGAGCGCUCGGCGGCAAAACAAGGAGAGAUCCAGAGACGCAGAGAGGUUCGCCGCGUCGACGCCGCCCGCGGUCUCAUCGAGCGUAACCGCCUCGCGCGCUUUACCGCCCUGACGCGCCUUCUUACUUCUGUCCGCACCUCGAGCGAUGUCGAUGCAUUUGACCGUGCUAAGCUACGCUUGCGAAGCCUUCUUGCACGCGAUGUGGACCCUGCUGCAUCCGGAACCUCGUCAACCACCGCACCUGUCUAUCAGGCUGGAGAGCUCGCACUAGACUUGCAUCAUGCAUCUAUAACUGGGGAAUUGUAUUCUCAUUGGGGAGAUAUUGUUGCCGAAGACAUAGACGAGAUCGUACGGGCGCCUCUACCUCCGUCGCCCGUUGUGGCGUCCUCCCACGUAACCAACGAACCACUACAGCCCGAUUGGGCUCAAGAUGUGACGUCUACAACAGCGACGUAUGAGCCGAAUCCGGAAGAGUUUGAAUGUGACAGCUUGCCGGUGGUUCAGGUGUUAGACUCCUGGGUAGACGUUCCGUAUCCCCCGGACGAAGCGCAAGACGUCUUUACUACCCUGAUGAACCUCUACAACGAUUACUGCCAAAGUCUCUCCACCAUGUCCGUCUUGCCUGCCGUUGAAGAACAUGAUACAGACGGAGAUGACAAGGCGGCUGCUGUCGCAAUGUCUAAAGCCCAAGCCGGCCUCGCACAUCAAGAGGGCGCCUUCUGGCAUACCCUGGCGUUCUCCCCGCUGCCCCACACACCCCAGCUAUCGGAACUAGCGGACGACACUGCGCCCUCAUCGCAUGAUCGGGAACCAGAUUCCGCAUCGCCCACUUCGCAACUACGCCUCAUCCUCGACAAGUCAACGCUGAUCUCGGCGUCUUACCUUCGGCGCUCACAUCCUCCCACUGAAUUGACUUACACUCAGUGCACCACUCUCCUCCGUGCCGCCGGCAUACCCGUUAUCACCACCAGACAAGCAACCGAAGCCGAGGCCCUUGCGUCCGCGCUUGUUCGCGCCGGGUACGGAGUGGCCGUCGCAAGCGAGGACACUGACGUUCUCGUCCACGAAGCACCUCUCCUACGAGGACUAUCUUCUCGCGACCGGCCGUUGACCAUCAUACACGGCGCCGAUUUGAGGACAGCCCUCAACCUUGAACAUUCCACCUUUGUCGACUUUGCUCUGCUACUAGGCACAGACUUUGCUCCUCGCGUACACGGCGUUGGACCCGUCCGGGCGCGUAAACUGGUAGACGCCUUCGGGAGCAUCGAGUCCGUUCUUGCAAAAGACAGAAAGUUCGCGGCAUCACUCGCACCGGUUGCACCCGACGUGUAUCUGGACCGUAUACGAGCCGCUCGGGGUAUCUUCGCCACGGAUCGCGUCGAGUUGCCGCUCAGGGACGAGAUGGUGCAGGGGGAGUUCGACGCGGAUAGGAUUAAGGAGGUUAUGAUCGAGUAUGGGAUACAAAGGGAUAUUGAGGCCAUUGAAAGGGAAAGUAAGGGAGAGGCACUGGGGGGAAACUUUUUUGGAGAUGACCCGAUUCAGGGAGGACUCGGAGCAGCUACAUGGUAG